AUGAAAAUGCCGUCAGCUUCCAGUGACAAUGUUGUGUCGGAAAGAUCUUCUUCAAGCACUCCUGCCCGUUUUUCUCGACGUACUGCUUCGGACAUCGCCCGAUCCGCUACCGCUGAGUCCCUUUCAAAGGAAACCUCGCCAACGGAACUACCAAGAAAACGGUCGCGCAAUUCUCUAGAUUCUGCAGCGCCUAGUCCUCGGAAGAGCGUCACAGUUACUGUUAAAGCACAAGACACUGAGGAAUUUCAUUCCCCUAGUGCUACUGUCAUCCAAUCUGGUCUCUCAACCCCUUCAAAAAAUGGCUCGGUGACGCCACAAACUCUUCCUCCGAACGCAUCGAAUACGGAGAAGGUCAUCGCGGUGAUAAACUUUCUUCGUGACCGACGCCGACGUCCGGAUGAGAAAAUCGUAAUUCUUUACUCAGAACGAAUGUAUCAGUUGUCUUCCACCGAGACUAAGGCGUCACUUCAGUCUUUGGUAGAAGAAAAUAAAAUCUUUCGAGUGAAGUAUCCUAGUGGUAUCUCCUACCGUUAUCACAUGUCUGUUGUUGCCCGAGGCGACACAGUGGCUCAGCAGUCGAACAGAAUUCGAGCAAAGUAUGCAGUCAGUGCAUCGAAGUCAAAUGGAACAGCCAAGACCCCUAACAGUCGUACUCCAACUCCCGUUGGUGAAACUUUCAGUGGAGUUGAGAUGACUGCACUCAAGUCUUUCCUUCGGCUCAUCUCGCCUAAUGGUUGCGUUGUUCGUUCAUCAAAUCUGACACCCAGUGGUGACUGUCCGGUGGUGGAUAAGAUUCGCGCACUCCUACCACAAGAUGUGCUUGAAAGAGGCGAGUUUCAGCGUUUGUCUCCUAUGCUAAUUUCUAAUGAGAGGUCAAAUAUGACUUUGAUUCGUUCUUGUAGAUACAUCGCAAUCCGAACCUGGGGUCUCGGUCUAUGUGCUCCCACCUCCAACUCCAGUGAGCUUGGAGACAGUGGAAAAAGCUCUCAGAUCUCUACCUCAUAUGGCAUUGGUAUGCCUAAUAGAUAUGGUAUUGUUGUUUUGGAUUUCGAACUUAGAGCUGGUCUCUCAUGGUGGUUCCCAUCGCAAGUCGUUUAUAGCUUCAUUCUGAGAAAUUUCUCUAUAGGCCGCUGGAGUCUCUUUUUUGAAGCUGGUUAUAAUUGCACUUCCUCUGGUGUGCUUCAGACUGCCGAUUCAAGCCGUUCUUCGGCCCCCCGACAGAACGGACGCAACGGGACUAAGUCUGAUGAUGCUGGCUCAACUCCUCGGGAUUUUCAUCCACUUCCAAGUGCUGGUCAUCUUUCCGUCCAGUCUAUCGUCUCGGACCCUGCAAUGUCUAUUCUCCUUCGCCGUCGCCCUUGUGAGGGAUUCACCGAACUCUGGAUUCGGUCACCUGGCUCAACUCUUCGAAAUACUUUUACUCUUCAGGUUUUGAGUGAGUUGACAGAAGCGCUUCAAUUGGCAGAGGCUGAUAAUCAAAUCCGUGCUGUGUUGAUCUCCGGCGUUGGACGAGUCUUCUCAUCCGGUAUAGAUCUACCCACCCUCUCCACUAGCUCCAGUGCUAAUGUUGUCGCUUUUGUUGACUCAUUGGUCACCGUUCUGCGCACUUUUCUGCUCAAGCUUUCUGCGUUUCCCAAGCUUCUCCUGGCAGGUGUAAAUGGGCCGGCGGAGGGUCUGGCGACUGCGAUUCUCCCCCUCUUUGAUCUCGUCUACGCCAGCGAUCUUGCUAGUUUUCACACUGCUUACGCGACCCUUGGACAGGUACCUGAGGCCGGCGCCACGUAUACACUGGCCCAGAAAGUGGGCAGCCCACUGGCCAAUGAUUUGCUUCUUGCUGGACGUCGGUUGUCAGCAAGAGAGGCAUUGCAACGUGGCCUUGUCUCCGAUGUCGUCUUUCCCAAAAGCUUCUCUCAAGAGGUGACCCUUCGGUGUGCUCGGAUCGCUUGCCAGUCAGCUGCGGCACUGGAGACAACCAAAUGCCUCUCGCGUCUUUGUGACCGCGAGCGUGUAGACUUCAUGAUCAACGCGGAGUGUCACAAACUGGUCGACACUUGGAAGACGUCUGAAUUUCGAGUUGCUGCUGCAAACUACGUACAACACUGUAUGGACGACUUUCUUUGA